GUCUCCUGGCACUCAGCCUCGGCCGCUCGCUUUCCAGAGUUUGGCAUUUAACGUUUUUUUUGGGCUCGACGUCGGUCAUGGACGAGAUGGUGGACUUUUGCUUUCUUCACUUUUAACAGUCGCCCGCUGUCUUCAGAUUGUUCUCGAAGGGAUGGGAGCCGGCGCCAUAGCCAUGUGUAACAACAAAGCUGCUGUCCGCCUGAAGGAGGACAUGAAGAAGAUUGUCCAACUGCCUCUGGUGAAACCGAAGGAGCUGCGGCAUAGGAAACUCUUUGGCGUUGGUCUCCUGGAGCUUAACCAGCAGGGGCUUAUGAGAGAUGGCAUUCCAGCUGUGGUGCACGACUUGAUGACGUACCUGAAGGAGAACGGAUUGCAACAGGAGGGUCUCUUCAGAGUCAAUGGGAGUGUGAAGGUGGUCAAUCAGCUGCGACAGAAGUACGAGAGCGGAGAGGAAGUGGACCUCGCUCAGGAUGGGGAUGUGUGCUCAGUCGCCAGCCUCUUGAAACUGUUUCUUCGAGAGCUGCCUGGGGGCUUAAUUCCCACCGCAAUGCAGCCAAGUCUAAAGGAGCUGUCUGAGGGCCCCAGUGACGAGGAGCAGCUAAAGCAAAAUCUAAAGGAAUUUAUGAGAACAUUGCCUAAUGACCAUUACAAUCUGUUGAAAUACCUCUGUGGCUUCCUGAGUGAUGUGGAAAAGGAGUGCAAGCACAACCGAAUGAACGUGCACAAUCUGGCUACGGUAUUUGGACCAAAUCUUUUAUAUGUCUCUUCAGGCUUGGAAGGAAUGAAGGAGCAGGAGAUCUGCAACAAAAUCAUGGCCAGGCUGAUUGACGGCUAUGGUGCCAUUUUUAAGGAGAUGCCAGAGGAGAGCAGCCAGAACAUCUGCAGUGUGAUUAUGGUUAAGGAAGUCAGCACCGAUGUGCCACAACAGGACAAGUCACUUGACAGUUCAAAUCCAGAAAUGCCAAUUCCUGCACCAAGAAAGAAAAAAGAAGACGCUUGCAAUCCCCUCCAAGAAGCAAAAGCCACCAAUGAACCAAACUGUGAAACAGUUGUGCCAGUCCCACGAAAGAGAAAGGUUGUCAAAUCAAGGAAUUUAGGUGCCAUCAUCACUCUUCCAAGACCAGAGCCAUCAACUGAGGUUCCACAAAUUGGAAUACGGAUCCAGGAAAAGGCCCAGAGGACAGAAGAGAUGGAGCUCCUUGAGAAGGCCUGUCUCAUCCCUGCAGGAGAGGAGCCCCUGAGCAGCUCUCAGGAAGAUGACCGACCGAUGUCUCCCUUCUAUAUGAGCGGCCAGGUCUCCACACUUGGUAACAAGCCUGCAUCCGAAGACCUUCUAGAAAGAACAAUCCGAUCAGCAGUGGAGCAGCAUCUCUUUGACGUGCACAGCUCGGAAGACUCUGAAUCUGGGACUCCGGUCUCACCAGCGGGGACAGCCAGGCAGCGGAGACGGCAACUGAAAGAGCAGGAUGAAGCCCGGAGGCAUCGAGACAUGGAAGAUCUCAACAAGGAAAACAUUCCCUCUGCUGAUGACAACCUGCAAGCUUUCCAGGAUGGAGACAAGAAGCAGAGAGACAGCAGCGGGGCUUUCAUUGAAGAAAAUGUAAAGCUGAAGCGACAAAAGUCCACUUCCAAGCUUUCAGAGCUCCAUGAGAACCAAGAUGGCUCACUCAUAAUGGAGGGAUUUGGAGCAUCCCGUUUCCAGGAGAGGCCGAGGCAUGAAAAUGAGGACUGUCUGCUAGACGAAAGGAAGCAAGUGCAGCUCUACGACGACUCCGUCUUGUUUUCUUGGAGUUCGGCUAUGAAGAUCCAGGAGGUGCAGAGCAGCUGCGAAACGGCCAGAGCAGCGAGGGGCCAGGAGCUCGACGUCUGCGGGGAUGGCCCGUUGCCGGAGGUGCCCCGUCUGGAUCUGUCCGAUUUAACGGAGGACAACAACUGGGAAGAUCCAGUACCAGCUUACCCAUCCUGGCAAAGGGACAACGUGGACAAUGAUGAAGCCCGCCUCUCUCCGCAGGCUGGAGGGCGCCUUAUCCGUCAGCUUCUGGACGAGGAGAGCGACCCCAUGCUCUCGCCACGCUUUUAUGCUUUUGGCCAAAGCCAGCAGUACCUUGAAGACACAGAAGUGCCGCCCUCGCCCCCUAAUGCACAUUCCUUCAUGAGCAGGCGAAGAAGCUCCUCUCUGGGCUCCUGUGAAGAUGACCGUGAAGAACUGACAUCUGCACAGCUCUCCAAAAAGAUACAAAACUUAAAGAAGAAGAUCCGCAAGUUUGAGGAGAAGUUUGAAGAAGAAAGAAAAUAUCGGCCUUCCCACAGUGACAAAGCAACAAACCCGGAGGUUUUAAAGUGGAUGAAUGAGCUUGCCAAGUUACGUAAACAGCUCAAAGAGGUGAAAUUAAAAAUCUCUGAGGAAGACCUGCCUCCUCAAACACGCCAGCGUAGCAACACCCUUCCCAAGAGCUUUGGCUCCCAACUAGACAAAGAGACUGAGCGCAAAGCGGAGACGACAGAGAAAGCGCCUAAACCCACUGUGGAGUCCACACUGGAAACUGUCCAGAAAAAGCUCCAAGAGAAGCGCGGAGAAGCCAAGAGACCAGAAGACAUCAAGGACAUGACGCGGGAGCAGAUUGCUGCAGAAAAAGUUGCUUUACAAAAGGCUCUGCUGUCUUAUGAGAGCAUCCAUGGAAGACCAGUUAUGAAGAGUGAGCGGCUGGUCAUGAAGCCCCUAUAUGACAGAUACCGCUUGGUCAAGCAAAUCUUGUGCAGGGCGUCCACCAUUCCGGUAAUCGGCUCACCCUCCAGCAAGCGCCGAAGCCCUUUGCUGCAGCCAAUUAUUGAGGGCGAGACGGCAUCUUUCUUCGAGGACAUAAAGGAAGAAGAAGAGGACGGCUCAGAUGACGAAAAUGGCACCAGGACUAGCUUUGUGGUGACUAUGAAGCCCGACUUUGCCGUGCGCAGCUUCCUCGAUCAGCUGGACGAGGAGGUGGACGGCUUCAUCUCUCCUGUUGACGAGAAAAGUCAGUCGAAAAAUAGCCUGGAUAUGCGGCUCUCCAAUCUGCACUCAGCAACCAUGCCUGAACUGGUAGAGCAGUUCCAAGAAGCAAGAGAAGAUAAAAAGAGGCUGCGCAAGAAACUGAGAGACUUUGAGGACAAGUUUUUCCGGCAGAAUGGAAGAAACGUACAGAAAGAAGAUCGCACACCAAUGGCUGACGAGUACAACGAGUACAAGCACAUCAAAGCCAAAUUACGACUCCUGGAAGUUCUCAUCAGCAAGAGAGAUUCUGUCCGGAUGUAAGCGGGCGACGAGGUCCACUUGGUGUGGACGACUACUGUACCCUCGAUAAAUCCGAGGUCGCCGGCGGUGGAAUUCAAACAGGCAGAUGAAAGCUGCGACCCUCCGAGUUCAACUUAACGGCUUGCCAGAGGUCCUCGGAUCCUGUUUGCUUUUUAAAACGUGCCAAGUUACGAAUGUGUCACCGACAACUGGAAAAGCUGCCCGUGAAGCUUGAGCAAUUUUUAAACAUUUUACACGGAACAUGCACAGACUUCCACUACUAGUGUAUAUGACCAGCAGGGGGUGCCAUCUCAAUUCCAAGUAUGGCUGACCAAAUCCUAAAUAGCUGGAGUGGGAUCAAUUGAGAGCAAGGCCAGUGCACAGCCUAAAGGACAAGAGGAACGUCACCACACGGUGAUCUCGUGAAACACUUCGAUUUAAUUCUCCUUAUUCCCCCAAGCAAAUGAUCGUUUUUUGAUUUGGCGAGGCUGAUGCUUUGUUUGUUUGCUUUUUAACGCCAGCUGUUUUAAUUCAGAUGCUUAUUGAUGAAAGAAUGGCAAGUAGACGUAACAGGCCGCAAAUGCAUGCCCAGUGCCGGGCUCAACGUGCCACUCAAACCCACAGCACAGUCACAAAUGGCCCACCGGAGCCUUGGGGGAAUUUUGUCCGCCUGUUUCUUCCGAGGGUUUUGCGCACAUUUUAAAGGGUGAAACGGGACACCACUUGGGAGGAGGUCCUGUCAGGGUGGCACACCGCAAUUGAGAAUUGAGUUUGGUUUUUGUUUGCUGUGAGCAUUUUUGUUUGGUUUCGUUUCUAUUUAAGUUCUGACUUACUGACAUAAAGGGAACUGUAAUUUUGGUAUUUGAAAAUGAAAAGUACACUUGUGAUGCACACUUUCACUAAACGGCCUAGAAAUGUUGAAAACGCCAGGGCAGUUCAGAGGGGCCGUGGCAUUAGGUGGUGCCCACCAGUUAGUCGUGCAGUGUGUGACGCCCCCCAGUGGCGGACAGCGGUUUGCGGUUGUUUGAUGCAUUGGUGUGUUGGGCCUGAGUUUGCGACGCACGCACGUGAAUUUUGUUUUUCGUUUUUCUAUUCUACGUAAAGUAACACUGUAGCAGUCAAAUUCUCAACCAAUCGGCUUCAUUUAAUUGGUCUCUUUUAAAGUGUCCUGCGCUGGUGGUCCGAGGAACGUCUCCUUUUAGAGAAUUUAAGCUGCUAGUUUUUUUUUUAACGACGUGAUUCGAUUAUCAAGCCUAUUUUUUCAGAUUGAAGAUUGUUUUCUAUUUUAUUUCUAUACUCCAAAGAUGAACGAAAUCAUUAGUGAGAUGUUGACAGCUGACCAAAAAUGCCAACGCUGCGUUGUAAGCUUUGUUCAGCUAGAUCUGUGUAAGCAUCAGGGGCACAAAACUCUCCAGCCUGGUGUGACGAGCGUCUUACAGACCACCAGGGGGCGACUUUCAUAUAAAAAGCUACUGGACACUUUUUUCCUUCCCGUUUUUUUUGCUCCAAAAACUGAAGUUUUUCCGGGACCUGUUGGCUCACCUUGAUGUGUGGAGCCUGCAGAGGGCGCCACUUGAGUGGUCCUUAUGUCCGCACGGUGCAGCGGCGGCCCCCACUGUCUUCUGCUUUCCAGCUACAAGGACCUUUACAAAGUAGGAGAGAAGCCAGCAGCCCGUCCCGGCUCGUCACUUCGGGAGUGUGGACCCCAAUCGAUGUUUACGUGAUGGUGUGAGAUGUCUAAAUAGUUGAAACGAAUCUCUGCCUUGUGUCUUACUUUGUGUUUUUGAAUGUAAACACUGAUGGACAGUUAUGGGUUUGUACAUUUUAGUACAUGAGAACAGCGUUUUAUUUUCUAUAUUAAAUAUAUACGAGAAAAAAAUACAAUAAACAGACUUCCUUUGUGUGGAUAA